GAAACCUCAACUAGAGAUCAACUGUAAUGCAUACAAUCUGUAUUAUUGUAACAAUGUACACUCUUAUCCACGCAACACUGGAAGAUGAUAGUAAAGUGUGGCGCAUACAAAUGAGUAUUCCAAAAGUGCUGAUGAACCUCGCUGAAAUCACAGGGCUGGUCGACAAAACUGCCGCACGAACGCUCAAUUCGGAUGUGAACCACAAUACUGUGACGAUAGAGAUAAAACCUCCAGAUUUCAAUCAGAUUUUGGGUGUCCUAUCUGGAAAUGGAAGAUCAGGAAGAGAUGAAGCAGACGUUUCUGAAACUGAAAACAGACAUCGUAAAAAAGCACUGAUAGAACCAAUUCGAGAUCAUGGUGCAAAAUACAAACACGACGGACGAAGGGAAGCACCACAUUUCUAUGUGGAAGUUGGCCCAGGAUCUUAUAAAUCUGAACAGCCUAAUGAAAGCUUGAGACGAUCAAGAUAACGCCGCGGCAAUCACUGGCCAAUUUUGUAUUAAAAGAAAAUCAAUGGAGACGAUGCGAUUCGAUUGCAAUACGUCAUUUACAGUCACUUACAUAAGCAUUAGACCAAUUAUACUAAAAAAGAUUCCAUUUCUUGAAUAUUACUGCUUAGUUUUCAUUGUUGUUAUACAUGUUAACAAAAUAAAAAAAAUU